GUGUGCGUCCGAAUGCUGCUCCAGCGGAGCAGCCAGCUCUUCGCUCCUUCGCCCUCUCUGCGCCUUAAGCAGCUCUCGCCAGUCCUCAGCGGCCACUGAGCUUCUCCGCAAGGGGACAGUAGCGCUGCACCGGGAACGCGAGCAGAGCUGGCAGGGUCCGCGUAGGCUCACCCCGCCAGGAGGCUGACCCUUCUUCAGCCGCGCUGAGGCACAAGAAAGACACUCGCGCAAAGGCUCAGGGUCGCUCACUGCGCGCGCGCGGGCACUUCCUGGAACGUCAAUUGGCUAACAGAAGGCAGGUUUCUGGAAACUUCGGCCACAGAGGCGCUAAGAGCGGGAAACGGCUGCCGCGGGGGGACUUGAGUGCGCAGAAGGACCCGCGUCCCCUUAGCCGGUGCAGAGCGUGCAGACAGGGACGGUAGCGUGCGCCUCGCCGAGUUCUUUCUUUGUUUUCUUUAAAUGACCUUUAUUCUUUUAGUUUUACCAUGCAGAAUAUAGAAAAUACAGAUAAGCAAAUACGAAAGGGGAGAGCUCCCGCCGUCACUCACAGAUAGACACGUAGGCCUUUUUCGUCUAGUCGCUUGGCGCCCAAUUUCGGGAGGCGGGGCGGCGUCGCUAUUGGCUGGGCGCGCUGUCAGGCGCGCUCACCCGCUCGCCGGCAGGCUGGGGCGCUCUCGCUGCUGUAAGGGAUCGUGCGGCCCGGGAGCAGCGCGCGGAAAAAGAUUUCUGCUUGGAAGUUAAACAGCUACUGGGAAAAUGGAUAUCAGUAUUGAUUUGGAAACUGACUGUCCUGAGCUGGUUCUGUAUGUGGGAAGAGUCACUCUUGGGGAGAAGAACAGAAAUAAAAUGAAUCCUCAACUGAGAAAAAUGCAGAAUUAUAAAAUCUCACAAGCUGUGUGUGGUAAAGUGAAUUCUGGAGGGGGAGUGAUCAAGGCUAAAAUUGAGAAUGAAAACUAUAGUUUCAAAAGUGAUGGAAUAGGAUUAGAUUUGGAAAAUUCUUUUCAGAAUAUGCUUCUGUGUGUUCCUAAAUACCUAGACUUCAUGCAGCAAGGUAACUACUUUCUGAUUUUUGUCAAAUCAUGGAGCUCACAAAUCACUGGUAUGAAAAUUGUCACCCUGAGCUCCAAUUUGUACAAAAGGGAUGUGACAUCUGUAAAUGUCAUGAGUCCCAUGGCUGCACUGGACUUCCUCAAAGACAGGAAAGAAAGUGGAGAGUGGUUGUCUAUAAAACAUUUAUCGCCUCCAAAGAGAUUCCGUUUUGAUGUACAAGAAGAAAGUAACAUAGAGGCCUUGGCUGCUGACGUUUUUAACAGGACGCGACUUAGGUACAAAGGAAAACUCAUCUUUACUGAAUCCACACAUGUUGAAAUGAAACAAUUCUCAACAGAAUAGUGGUUUCAACACAUUAAAGAGAUUCUUCCUCAACAUGUUUCUGCAUUUGCAAAUACUGAUGGGGGAUAUUUGUUUAUCAGUGUGAGUGAAGAUCAACAGGAAACAUCCAUCAGGAAGUUGCCUGUCUAUCACUUCUGUGGGAGGAAUAGGGAGAUAAAUUACUCGUGCAAAUUCCUUGAAGUAUAUGAUGAAGGACGUGUUUGUGGGUAUGUUUGUGCUCUCAAAAUAGAGCGAUUCUGCUGUGCAGUGUUUGCUAAAGACCUGGAUUCCUGGUGUGUGGAAGACAACCGUGUGAGGCAGAUAACCGUGAAUGAAUGGAUCCAGUUCAUGGUGGAUGCUGAACCAAGUGAGGAACGACCAAACUUUUCCAGGUUAUUUGAAGAGAUGAGCCUUCAACAAAGUAUGUCAUCACCUAUUCCCCAGAGUCGGCCUGUUUAUAAUGAAAAGAUGACAUGUGUUCCAGAAGCCUUCUACAAGAAACUGCGCUCUCAACACAAAAGACUUGCACAGUUAAUACGGGAAGAAGUGGGGUCUGAUGGUCAAGGUACAUUGAUCUUUUCUAGGAGCUGGUCUUUGGAUCUAGGCUUGCAAGAGAAUGAGGAUGUCAUCUGUGAUGCUCUUCUAAUUUCCCAGGACCGUCCACCAGUCCUUUAUACCUUCCUCAGGGUACCAGAUAAGAAGUCAAAAGGCUAUUCCAGGCAAACUGCCUUAACUUUAAAGCAGAAUCUGGCAAAACUUGGUGGUUACCCUGGGAAAGUGUGUAUCAUGAUAAAGAUCUUCUACUUGAGCGAAGAAUCUCCUCCAUUGACUGAAGGCAAUGCAAGCCUUCUUUAUGAUUCAAGCUGCCGGGUAUGUUACCCUAAGUCCUACAAUCGUGUAACCACUCAAACAGUGAAAGACUUGAAGAAGGCCCUUUUUAUACUCUUAAAAAGACUUGGAUCUUUGAGUAACCAAUUUACCUCUGAGAUUUUUCAACACCUCUUAGAUAGUCAGUGUGGAUUACGUUCAGAGGAAUGACACAAGGAUGUUUAAAUCUUGUCCAAGGUUCACUUCAAUCAUGGAAAAUAUACCAGGCUCCAAAUUGUUUUUUUAUUCUAUAGCUGAUGAUGUUUUCUCAUUCUGUGAAAAUAUGCCUUUGAAAAACCACAAAGUUGCAAAGCAACUUGAUGGGAUGUUGGAAAAUCAAGUUUGGCCUUUGUUUACUUCUUCCUAAAUGAUCUUCAUAGAUGUUGCUUAAAAGUUAUUAGGAAAAUUAAUUUUUUGAUUUCUCUGUGCACAGUUCGUUAUUUGCUCUGUGAAGAGUUUAUUAUUUACUCUGUGCAUAGUUCAUGGAUAAAUUUUCUUCCAUCUUUAAAUUGGGAAAAAUUGCAGUACUUUUAUUUUUAACAGCAACAACAAUAAUGGAAAUCUCCCAAGAUAUACCCAGAAAACCUUUAUAACUUAGAAAAGAUUAUCAUUGAUGAUGCUUACAAUUUCCAUAAUGGAAAUGAAGAAGAAGGCAAAAUUUGUUACCCCUUCUCUCAAAAUUCUCUAAAUCUUCUUGGGCUAUUUUUACACUAUUCCCUUGGAGGAGUUAUGGCUUUCCUAAUUGCUCCGCUGGUAAAAUAAUGACAACAGUAGACUGUGAAAAAUAUGUAUAUUUAAUGUAAUACCUAGAGCAAACACUAUAAAAGCUAUGCAGAGAGACACACUAAAAGACAAAAUAGAUAAAUCAAAAUGGAAUUGUAAAAAGUAUUCAGGGAACCCAGAAGAGGGCAGGAAAAUUAAACAGAGAAAUGAAAAACAGAGAGAACAAACAAAACAAAAAAUGGGAGACUUAAGCCCUAACAUAUGAAUAAUUACAUUGUGUAAAUGGUCUAAAUACACCAGUUGAAGCCGUAGAUUGGCAGAGCGGAUUAAACAUCAUGGCGCAACUGUAUGCUGUCGAUAAGAAACUCACUUCAAAUAUAUAGAGGUUGAAAGCAAAAGGAUACAAAAAGAUAUAUCAUGCGAAGGAAAGCAGGAGUUGCUACAGUAAUAUCAGAGAAAGUAAAGAAAAUGACCGUUGACAGAGAAGCACAUUAUAUGAUGAUAAAAAGGCCAAUCCACCAAGAAAACAUAGUGAUCCUAAAUGUGUGUGCAUCAGACAACAGAGCCGAAAAAUAUGUGAGGCAAAAUGUGAUAGAUCCGAAAGGAGAAAUAGACAAAUCCACAGUUGGAGAUUUCAACACCCCUCUAACGAUACUUGAUAGAACAAGUAAACAAAAAACUUUCAAGGAUAUACAAGAACUUAACACCAUUAGCCAACAGAUCUAAUUGACAUUUAGAGAACACUCCAGCCAACAACAGAAUAUGCAUUCUUUUCAGCUGCCCACAGAACAUAUCCCGAGAGAGACCAUAGCCUGGCUGUAAAAGACCUCAACAAAUUUUGAGGGACUGAAAUUAUACAGAGUGUGUUCUACCAGCAAAAUGGAAUCAAACAAGAAAUCAAUAACAGAAAGAUAACGGGAAAAUCUCCAAACACU